CCCCAGCCAAGUGCGCCCAUAUGGCCUGUGGCCUGUUGUUCCAUAUAAAUCUAUGUUCUCUGGUUAUAUGGGGAAAAAUUAUCGUCAAUAUCGUGUAGAAACUUUAUACUGAAGAUUUGCAAUUGUUUUUUUUAAUGAUAAUUUGAGUAAUCGAGUGUUUAAUUUUCCCAUUUAAAAGCUAAGUGUCAAGUAUCAAUGCAGUGAUCAGGUGUUAAAAACAGAUUGUAAAUAAGUUAAUGAAUUUUUGAAAAUAAUCCCACGGUAAUAGCUACGUCAGGCAUUUCAUCGUCGCAAGAAAAUCAUUUGACAAAAAAAAGUGAUCUAUUCAUCAUCGCAUAGUAACAAGCUGUCAUUUGCUUUCUUGUUUCGACAAUUUGAUGAUGAACUCACAUUCUGCCUUUUGAUUUGCACCCUCGGAAUAAUAAUAAUAAUAAUAAUAACAACAACAACAACGUUAAAGAACGAAAUAAAAAUCCUUAUGAUGACAGAAAAAUCGAGGAAAAUCAUCAACAGAUUUCAUCCCAGUCAUGGCGAAAAUAUUAUACUUUACGAUGAGAAUACUGUUGCAUUUAGAAAAACGAGCUUCGCCGAUGCCGUUACUUUUAGCGAAAAACCCUUGCAACUUGGAGAACUUUUCUUGUUGGAAAUUGAAAAGCACGAACUUGGAUGGAGCGGACAUAUGAGACUAGGUCUAACUCAAAUAAAUCCAGCAACCAUCGAUCGCAACUUUCUUCCCAAAUAUGCUUUACCCAAUCUUCUAACAAUGGGCUCCAGCUGGGUUUUUACCAUUACUCAAGGCCCGCAUCCAAUACUCAGUUUAGAAGAUGGAUACAAAGAAGUAAUACCGAGGGUAGGAAUACCAAGUCAAGGGAAACGGCUCCCAACAGACGAUAUAAGCAUACAGACCGCGCGAGGACUAAUUCCGUUUACAGCACUGAGACCAAACACGGUUGCUUCCUCACAAAAUCUAUUGCCUACUGAGACAGGAUCCCGAAUUGGCAUCAUGUACGUUCCUCAGGCUGGUUCAGACAAAGCGGAAAUGCAUUUCAUCAUAAAUGGGGAAGAUCAGGGUGUUUGCGGCAAAGACAUCCCUUACAAAGAACAACCGCUUUAUGUUGUGGUCGAUGUUUAUGGAACUACGAAGCAAGUGAGGAUAAUUCAGUUGUACGGAGUUCUGAGCUUACAGAGCGUUUGUCGAGACGCCAUUCUUCAAUAUACGAAGCGAAACACUGUGAAUUCAUUGCCACUGCCACAAAUGUUGAAGGAUUAUCUCCUUUAUUAUAUGCAGUGAAUGAGUACAAAUGAAAAUGGUAGAAAAAUGCAACAAAUCUGGAAGACUUGGAGGAAAAAAGAACAAGGAAUUUGAAACUGGAAUUGGCAUAUGCCGAGUUGUUCGAUGCUGAUGAAAGCUAAUUAAGGCAGGCCCUCUUAUUUUUAGCCCAUUCGUUCUACUUCUUCGAGAUUCAAUGCUGUUUUCAUUGUCUUAAAAUUUGAAUCGAGAGAAUGUAAUUGCAGAAAAACCACGAUAAUACACAUUGACGCAAAAUAUACGUACGAAGAACUAUGAGCCAUUCUACAUCAGGAGGAAUUACGAAAUUCAAAUAUCCGAUCGGAAUUUCUCAGAAUUUGAAGAAAAAUGCAAAAAAUCAUAUCGAACGACCCAUUUUUUUCCUUUCACUUUUUAAAUGCAAAUUGAAUUACGAUCAUGAUUUAGACUCAUUUUAUUUAUUGAACUUUUGUACGUUCUUGGAAAAAGCAAUGCAUUCAUUAAACGUUCAGUGGAAUGCCUCAUAAAAUAAUACACUAUUAAUAUUUAAGGAUCAUUACAGUUGUAUAUUCUCAAGGGCUUUUGCUAAAGCUCCCGUUUAAAAAAAUACUAAAACAAUGUUUAUUUAGUACUGGGCGUGAGUCGUGAGGUACAAAAGUCGAAUGCGAGUGAAUGAGAUAGAGAAACGGAAUGAAUAACAUCAUUUGCCCUACAUACGAGUUAUUCGUUAUGUACGUAUGUAUAACCCAAUCUUCUUGUGUAAACAAUCGAAGUUAUGAAUUUUGAGAAUAAAUCUAUUUGUAAUAAAAAAAAAAUAAAACAUCAAAAUUACUCUGAUAAUCCAUUUCAAUAUUACUUACAAAUUAUCGAAAACUUAUUUAUUUCGCACAAUCGGAGAAUGGAAAAAUCUAAAAAUUUACCAUUUGAAAAUUACAGAAUACAAUUUCAACAAACAUACGAAUGAAAAUUCUUAAAUUGGUCUGAAAAAUAUUAUAUUUAAGAAUAUCCUUCAAAAUUUGACUCCAUACACUGUCGACUAUUCUUUGAAUCACGAUAAAUUUUUUUUUUAUAAUCUUGAAUAAAACAAUUUGAAAAAAGCAAUUUCAAAAGUGAAGCAGUUUCUCGUCUUGAUAUUUAUUUUUAGACCCGAUGUUUCUAUAGUUGACAAAUUCUUCCUUCCCUUAGAGAUUACGAAAAAAAAUCUCGAACAAAUAUUCUGAAAACUAUUCUUGUUUACGUAGUAUGAGCGCAAAUUUUGACCUUGUCCCCUGCACAAAACUGAAUAAAGAACGAAAUUGAAGCUCGUGCUCUCCGUUUUAAAAUUUCUGUAAAAAAAAAGAGUAAAAAAAAGUGUCACCUGAUUUUAAACAGCGAAAAAUGAUCAUCUUCAAAACUGUAUACUGGGUCUAAAAAUAUCAUAAAAAUAUUUUUAAUUUUUAGCCUACGAUGUAUUCAUUCUCAACAAUCGAGCAGUCACGAAAAUCCCUAACUGCUAAAAACAUUUAAUACUGUAAUUGAAGAAGGAGCAAGUGAGAGAAGAUUUGGAAUGUGGGAAAACGGAUUGAAGAAUAAUCUAAAAUUGGUAUGUUUUAUUUAAAAUCGUUCACUCACAUCGACUAUUGCUGCUUUCCUGGAGGAAUGUGGAACAAAAAUGGUCCACAGUAGGACAUAAAUAAUAAAUGAGAAGCUGAUGAAAGUAAUCUAAUUUAAAAGAGCAACGACGUAACGCCAGUUAGUUUUAUGGUGCUCGGAAUUGACGAAAUCGUAACCAUGUUCAGUAUCACGUUCAAUAUUGGUGUCUGCACUUUGACCAGGAACGUGGAAAAGUACGAUUUGUCCAAUUUUGUGUCUCAGGGCCAAUGAGAUCGUUGAGGAAAUCCAAAUCGGUACUGAAUUUUUGGUCUCACGAAGAUUAACGAAAAAAAUUGUGAGGAGAAGAGCGACGAUCGCUAGGCCGAAUGAGUUCACGUAAAUGAGCACUGAAAAAAUACUUUUUAUCUUCGUCAUAUUGUUGUAUCAGAAAAACUGCUGUAUAAUGCCAUGUACUUUGUCUAACGUUAAAAAAAUUGAUGGAGAUAUGAAUCUGGGGGAGAAUACUUUCUGACUUUCGACAAGCUGACAAAUUGUUAAAUAAAACGAAUAACAAUUUCACCAUUAAA